GGGGCUUUAAAAAGUGCCCCAUGUGCCAGCCAAGAUCUGUUGGCACCAACCAUCAACCUGGCCAGAAUCCCCUAAAAUACCAAGCAAGCAACCAACAUGGGGAAGAAGGAUGAAUAUGACCUGUACUCGGUGGAGGUGGAGAGAGGGAAAAAUGGAGACAUGGACGCAAAGAUUAAGAAGAAAGACAAAGGAAAAAAGAAGGAUCGAAUGGAAAACAUGAAGAGAGAGAUGGACAUUAAUGAUCAUGAGAUUUCUAUAGAAGAAUUAGAGUUAAAAUAUUCGACAAACGUGACCAGGGGUCUGAAGACCAGCUUUGCCGAGGAGGUUCUGCUUCGGGAUGGCCCGAAUGAAUUGAAACCCCCCAAAGGAACCCCUGAGUAUGUGAAGUUUGCCCGUCAGUUGGCAGGGGGGCUGCAGUGCCUGAUGUGGGUGGCAGCCAGUAUUUGCCUGAUUGCUUUUGGUAUUCAGGAGUCAGAAGGUGACCUCACCAGUGCAGACAAUCUGUAUCUCGCCGUUACCCUCAUUAUGGUUGUCGUGGUCACAGGUUGCUUUGGCUAUUACCAGGAAUUCAAGAGCACCAACAUCAUCGCUAGCUUCAAGAAUCUAGUCCCACAGCAAGCCACUGUGGUGCGAGACGGGGAAAAGUCUCAGAUUAAUGCCAACCAGCUGGUAGUUGGAGAUUUGGUGGAGAUCAAAGGAGGUGACCGCGUGCCAGCCGAUAUAAGGAUUAUAACAGCACAGGGAUGCAAGGUGGAUAACUCCUCUCUGACAGGGGAGUCUGAGCCUCAAACUCGGUCCCCAGAAUACACCCAUGAGAGCCCAUUGGAAACCAGAAACAUAGCCUUCUUCUCCACUAUGUGCCUUGAAGGUACAGCCACAGGGGUGAUAAUCAACACCGGAGACCGUACCAUCAUUGGGUGCAUUGCAAGUCUGGCAUCAGGCGUGGGUAACGAGAAAACUCCCAUAGCCAUUGAGAUUGAGCACUUUGUGGAUAUCAUUGCUGGACUUGCCAUCUUCUUUGGAGCCACCUUCUUUGUUGUUGCUAUGGUGAUUGGGUAUCCAUUCCUGAGAGCUAUGGUGUUCUUUAUGGCUAUCGUGGUGGCCUAUGUCCCUGAGGGUCUUCUGGCUACUGUCACGGUAUGUCUCUCGCUCACAGCUAAGCGUCUUGCCCGUAAAAACUGUGUGGUGAAGAAUCUUGAAGCUGUGGAGACUUUGGGUUCUACAUCCGUGAUCUGCUCAGACAAAACAGGAACACUGACCCAAAACAGGAUGACUGUAUCUCACUUGUGGUUUGACAAUCAUAUCCACUCAGCGGACACCACAGAAGAUCAAUCAGGUCAAAGUUUUGACCAGACAUCAGACACCUGGAGAGCGCUAAGCAAGGUAGUCACCCUAUGCAACCGAGCAGCCUUUAGAGGAGGACAGGAUGGAGUGCCCAUACCAAAGAGGAUCGUCAUUGGAGAUGCUUCUGAGACGGCCCUCCUAAAGUUUUCAGAGCUGACAGUCGGCAAUGUAAUGGAGUAUCGAGAACGGUUCAAGAAGAUUACAGAGGUUCCAUUUAAUUCAACCAACAAGUUUCAGUUAUCUAUUCAUGAGCUUCAGGACCCUCUGGACCUCCGUUACCUUCUAGUGAUGAAAGGAGCCCCUGAAAGAAUCUUAGAAAGAUGUUCCACGAUCAUGAUUAAAGGUCAGGAGCUGCCUCUGGAUGAACAGUGGCAAGAGGCCUUCCAGACUGCAUACAUGGACCUCGGUGGACUGGGAGAGAGAGUGCUGGGAUUCUGCCAUCUUUAUCUGAAUGAGAAGGAUUUCCCUCGUGGCUUUAAUUUUGACACAGAAGAUAUGAAUUUCCCAACUAGUGGCUUGUGCUUUGCUGGACUUAUCUCCAUGAUUGACCCACCUCGUGCCACCGUGCCCGAUGCUGUCAUGAAAUGUAGGACUGCAGGAAUUCGGGUAAUUAUGGUGACUGGCGAUCAUCCAAUCACAGCUAAGGCCAUUGCAGCCAGUGUGGGCAUCAUCUCAGAGGGCAGUGAGACCGUAGAGGACAUUGCUGCCCGCCUGCGAAUCCCUGUGGAACAAGUGAACAAACGUGAUGCCCGGGCCUGUGUGAUUAACGGGGGGCAGUUGAAGGACAUGUCCACUGAAGAGCUGGUGGAAUGUUUGAAGAUGCACCCUGAAAUGGUAUUCGCCAGAACCUCCCCCCAACAGAAACUGAUCAUCGUGGAGAGCUGCCAAAAGCUGGGUGCCAUCGUGGCUGUAACAGGGGAUGGUGUCAAUGACUCUCCUGCUCUAAAGAAAGCCGAUAUUGGGGUUGCGAUGGGAAUUGCGGGAUCUGAUGCUGCAAAGAAUGCAGCUGAUAUGAUCCUUUUGGAUGAUAACUUCGCUUCCAUUGUCACAGGAGUGGAGCAAGGUCGUCUGAUCUUUGAUAACCUGAAGAAAUCCAUUGCUUAUACUCUGACCAAGAACAUCCCAGAACUGGCGCCAUAUCUGAUUUACAUAACGGCCAGUGUGCCCCUACCCCUGGGCUGCAUCACCAUCUUGUUUAUUGAGUUGGCUACGGACAUUUUCCCCUCAGUGUCUCUGGCAUACGAAAAGGCAGAGAGUGACAUCAUGCACCUGAAGCCCAGAAACCCGCGCAGGGACCGUUUGGUAAAUGAGGCUCUGGCCGUCUAUUCCUAUUUCCAGAUCGGUGUAAUUCAAUCAUUUGCCGGCUUUGCUGAUUAUUUUACCGUCAUGGCGCAGGAGGGCUGGUAUCCUGCGUACUGCCUAGGACUUCGUGCCCAGUGGGAAGAUCAGCAUUUACAGGACCUGCAGGACAGCUACGGACAGGAAUGGACGUUCAGCCAGAGAUUGUACCAGCAGUAUACCUGUUACACUGUAUUCUUCAUUAGUAUUGAGGUGUGUCAGAUUUCUGAUGUCCUCAUCAGAAAAACGCGUCGGCUCUCUGCUUUCCAGCAAGGGUUCUUCAGAAAUAAAGUUCUGGUGAUAGCCAUUGUCUUUCAAGUCUGCCUUGGCUGCUUCCUGUGUUACUGCCCGGGAAUGCCAAAUAUAUUUAACUUCAUGCCAAUCCGAUUCCAAUGGUGGCUUGUUCCUCUCCCGUUUGGCAUUUUGAUUUUUGUUUAUGAUGAAAUUCGUAAGCUUGGCAUACGCAGACAUCCAGGAAGUUGGUUUGACAAGGAACUGUAUUAUUAAACAUUUCUCGGGAUUUGGGUCAUACCUUCUAACCACGGAGAUGAAUGGACACCAGGCUUCCCUUUCCACAGAGCCUGUACACACAAUUCUCGUCCUUUUGCAUUUUGUUGAUUGAUUUCAAUUCUGCCAACAUAACAGUCUGUAAGGUUUGAUUUAGCACAAAAAAAUAUAUAAAGAACUGUAAAGAAUCUAUAUAGAUAUAUACAAAAAGAGAAUCGUGUGUAUAUACACCUGGAAAAUUUAUUUCAGAAAGGCCAAGUUCUGUGUUCUGCCUUCAUUAGGCUGUAACACCGUACUGGCAUCAGGUCUAUAGCAUAGCGACAAAACAAUCACUGGAUUAAAAAAACUCACUGUGAACGGAGAGGAAGACCGACAGAUUCAGUCCUUUUUGCUGCCACGGGCCACGCUGCGCAGGUACGGGACAUUGCAGAAAACUGUUCAAAGCUCACUUAUGCAUGAUGUGUGAUUCUAGAGCUCUCUUGUAAUAUGUUAUGAGAUAUUCUAAUAAAUUAUGUGAAACUA